GGACAGCUUUUAGUAUUUUGUUGAGUGGAGUUUCACGUCUGAGUGGUACAUAAAGAUAAUAUUACAGAAAGUAAUUUCUUCAUAAAAGCAUCAUAUAGUGUUUAUUUCUGCGAGAAAUGGCGAGCCAAAAGCUGGCUUCAGUGCAAGAUCUCUACGGACCUCUUUCAACUAAAUCAUGUUUAAAACGAAAACCUAAUGAAGAAGACAGGCAGUGGCUGAGAAACGAACUUUCAGAUGAACCAUUUAUUGGGUUACAUUUACAGUUAUCUGAUUCUACUCCAGAUGAUGAUGUUAGAUUUGGUCCCACUUUCAAUGCUCUAAUCAACUGCGAGAAGUUCUUUAAUGCUCAUAAUAAGGUAGAGCAUGUGCUGUCUAACUUGAAAUUAACCAGCGGGCAGUCGGACAAUAUAUUUGCAAUGACUGUUGGACAAAGAGGCAAUUGGCUGUGGGAGGCCUAUCGCGUGGGUAGGCUGAUGUCAAACAGUUUUGGUAUUAUUCUGAAGGCACUUGAAAAGCAGAAUAUAUCUCCUAGUCUAAUUAACUCCUUGAAAGACGAUUGUUUCGAUAAAGUAAUUCCUCCAUGGAGUGCAAUUACUAAAAAAAUGGCGCUCUCGCUGUUCUCCGAAAUAAUGGAUCUUCCAGUGAAGCAGUGUGGUGUGUACCUACAUAAAUCUGGAGCAUUGGGGUGCUCACCGGAUGGACUAACCGAUGACAGUAUUGUGGAAAUAAAAUGUCCUUAUUCAAAUGACAGUGAAUCAGACCUUUUGAAUGAACUGAGAUCUGGGACGUGGUACAUGAUGCCAAGGGAGACAACAACUAACAGUGUCAGCUAUUCCCGUGAUGGGAAAGUAGUGCACGUGUUCAAUGAGGAUGACUUAGUUUUCAAUUUGAAACACAGGCAGGGAAUUAAUUAUCACCACCAAGUACAAGGCUCAUUACAUUUAUUAAAUAAGGAUAAGUGUAAUUUUAUAUUGUCCACUCCUGUAACAACUCUGAUCGUUCCUAUUAGAAAAGACCCAUGUUGGAGACGAAAUAUUGACAUUUUAUUAGACUUUUAUAGAAAUAUAUUUAUUUUUUCUAUGUUGAAAGAAUUUACUUCUUGAUGGGCUCAUUUUCUAUGUUUAUUAAGAAUUAGAAAGAAAAAUACAAUUUAUUGCAUUUUCGUUCAUACAAGUAUGCAGAUACUAUUUGACUGUUAAAAUAGUAAAAAAUUUUAUUAUUCCAUGCAUUACACUUAUUUAUUGAAAACUUGAAAAUAAGGAAAUUUAUGCUAAUAUUUUCCUUUUGUUCCUACUGCUGCACCAGUUGUGAUGUACAGAAAUUUUUGUCAAAUUUAUCUGCAAAAUUUUGAAAUAUGAGUUCUAAUGAUAAGAACACUGUUCAUGAAUAUUUAAAGAAUGCUGCAUGCAUUUUGAUUGAAGUUUAUAAAUUUGAACUUACAU